AGGAGGGUAUCAACAUGGCGGCCUCCUUGCGUCUGGGUCGUCAAGGAAUUGUAUUCGGCCUUAAAUUAUCGAACAUUAAUAAAUAUUUGUGGAUCACGCAGUCGUCACAGGAGCACGCCAGACACUUCUUUCAGUCUCCAUGGGCCUUCGGUGUCGCCCCACUCAAUGUGCAAAUGCCAGCUCUCUCACCAACCAUGGAGGAGGGAAACAUUGUCAAAUGGCUGAAGAAAGAAGGUGAGGCAGUGGCAGCAGGUGAUGCCCUUUGUGAAAUUGAGACCGACAAAGCUGUCGUUACUAUGGAAUCUAAUGACGAUGGUAUCAUGGCAAAGAUCCUGAUCGAGGAGGGCAGUCGCAAUGUGCGCCUGGGAACUCUCAUUGCUGUUAUGGCGGAGGAAGGACAAGACUGGACACAGGUGGAGAUUCCCCCUCCAUCCGCACCUCCACCUGCUAUACAUGAAACCAUUGCCUCUGUUGUGCCCCCUGCUUUUUCUUCACCACCUUCUCCACCCAAAAUAGUCCCAGCAGGAUUGUUACGACUAAGCCCAGCAGCAAGGCGCAUCCUGGACACUCAUGGCAUUGAUCCAAAACUGGCCACACCUUCUGGACCUCGAGGACUAAUCACUAAGGAAGAUGCAUUAAAUCUUUUGAAGAUGUCUCCGGGGCCAAAGACGACACUCAUGACUGCCCCACCUUGUCUGAGCCCUGCUCCGACCCCAGCAGCUAUUCCACCACCACCAGGCAACAGACCCAACAUACCUCCUCUUUCUGUACCAGGAAAGCCAGACGCACCGGGCACUUUCACAGAGCUUCCAGCCUCAAAUGUUCGCCGCGUGAUUGCUCAAAGACUAACGCAGUCAAAAACCACCAUUCCCCAUGCUUACGCCUCUGUUGACUGUGACAUGGCUGCAGUCAUGAACCUUCGAAAAGAUUUAGCCAAAGACCUGAUCAAGGUUUCUGUUAAUGAUUUCAUUAUCAAGGCAGCUGCUGUUACGCUUAAAGAGCUACCAGAUGUGAACGUGACCUGGUCAGAUGAUGGACCCCAAGCACUUGACUCUAUUCACAUUUCAAUUGCUGUUGCAACUGACAAAGGCCUCAUUACCCCCAUCAUCAGAGACGCUGCAAACAAAGGUGUUCAGGAGAUCUCAACUAAUGCAAAGGCAUUGGCCCAGAAGGCUCGAGAUGGAAAACUUUUACCUGAAGAGUACCAGGGAGGCUCAUUCAGUAUAUCCAACCUGGGGAUGUUUGGCAUCAGUGGCUUCAGUGCUGUGAUCAACCCUCCGCAAGCUUGCAUCCUCGCCAUCGGGACCCCCAGAGCUGAAUUAAGUCUACGUGACGACAACCAGACCCUGCGCACCCAACAGCUGAUGACCGUCACCUUGUCAAGUGACGGGCGGCUUGUCGAUGAUGAGCUGGCCUCAAGAUUUCUUGAAAGAUUCCGCGCCAACCUCGAGGAACCUCAGCGCAUGGCGUUAGCCUGAAAUAUCCAGAACACUAAUUAGAGAUCAAGCAAAGCCUCCCCUCUGCCUCAUCACUCCUUACAAAGUGUAAGGAGGUGCAGGGUCACAUUGUGGUCUUUGGCAGGCACCAGUCUUUGUCAAAUUGACCUGUCAGUUAUUUAGGAAUAUUUCCAACUGCCAAUUUGCAUAGAAAGGCCCAUUCUACAUGUUGGAUGUUCCUUCAUCACACCAUGUUUGUGUACACAUAUUUAAAGCUGUCUGUUCGAUUAUGUCUGUACACUGUCAAAAUCUAUAAGCAUAACACAAAUAGCACUGUAAACAUCAUUUAAACUUCUUUGUAAUAUUUAUUACACUCACUUGAGGUAUUUCCCAUUACAUUCAGAAUUCAAUAAUUUAAUGUUAAGAAAAGAAACGUAAUUAUCAAGGUAACUAAUCGCACAGUCCCUCAUGCAAACAGAUUGCAAUCAGUUUUAAGUGAGAGCCUCUAAAAUUCAAAUAAAAAGUUUGUUGAUUUGACCAUUAUUAUA